AAAAAAGUUUCACAUGGCCUCACUGCCAUGGCUGAUUCCUUCACGAGUGGCGCCGCGACGGCCGUUUGCGUCAGGGGCGCGACCGGAUGGUCGAUGUCCAUCAAUGGGGAAUACAUCCGCACAGCUGCUUUGCAAGAUGGCCGGGCCGUCUUUCGGAAGGCGGACUCCUCCAAGGUCUUGGCCUACAAAUCCUCUCGCCGCGCCUGGCUGGUGAGCCGCUCGCUCCUGGGCGGCUCCUAUGCGCAGUGCGGUGGUCCUGAUGUUCUGAAUCCAACUGACAUUGAGUCGUGUACCGUGGGAAUGGCUGCUCAUUCGGUUGAGGUCCAGGACAUGCCUUUGCCUCGAGAACUCUUGGUCUUGGGCCAGGUGGCGCAAGAACUCGGCCUGGAGGGCACCUAUUGCCGCGAGGAGGCUCCUUCGAUCUUCCCCGACUUCCGACGCUGCGACGCCUCGGGGCCUCCGAAGGGAUCCAUCUCGCUGGCGUAUCAGAAUGGCUCUUGGAGCUUUUUCAGGCGCGAGCGGGAGGUCGGCGGUGCGCGUGACGCCGAGCUCUCCGCUCCGCGCUGUGCGAGCGACGCGGUGCGCCCGGAUCGCUUGAUCUCCAGCUGCUUCGGCUACUCCGACGCCGAGCUCUCCAUCCUGCCGGGAGGGACCGGUGGUGUGGGUCGCGCGGCACCGCUCUUGGAGCUGGGGGGUCCCGAGUUGGGCCCUGCCGCGCAUCUGCGGGGCGAAUAUGUGCGGAGUGGCCAUCACCACGGGCGCGCCGCGUAUGUGAAGCCGGGCGGGUCCAUGCGCUUGUUUUACAGUCACGACCUGGGUGGUUGGCAUGUGGCCAACUCCUUUGCCGGUGGCCUUGCACAGCAGAUGGACGCGUGCGCGUUGAAGGUGGAGGACCUUCAAGGCACAUGGCAGGUGUUGAAUCACCAGGGCCAAAUGCAAGAGGUACCUUUGGCUUUGAUGGCAAGAGCAUCACCUCCAUGGUUGAGCUUCACUGGUUGGCCUGCCCAUCUACAGAUGUUGCAAGGCGACUAUCACUUGCUACCCGAUUUCGACUGGCUUGGCCGACCAUCCUAUGCCUUGCAUGUGUCGCAGAAAGACUUGGGCAUGCUUUGCGUGAAGUCCAUCAUUUCCUGUGCUAGUCGGAAGGUUGCAUUUGCAGUGGUCUCGUCGGACUCGGCCUGGUCGGUGACUCUGCUGGGACGCCGCGUCGCUGGAGCCGACGGGGGACGAUGGUGGCCCACAGGAGCACGGCACUGGCAUUUGACCGAGGGGAAGAGGUGCAGGAGCGUGCCUUCCAUGCGCAUCAUGGAGGAACAGCUCGCACCGAGCGCCGUCUUGGUCUUUGGCUGGAACGGUGUGCUGAACGCAGCAGUGAACGGCGAGUACCUGCGCCGGACCGCCCCAGGGCGUGCCUCCUAUGCCAAGAGCGACGGCUCAGCAGAGCUUUUCUAUAACGAGGCAGAGGCUCUCUGGACCAUCCGCCGCGGGUCCAGUGCACUGGCGACCUGCAGUCGGCCGCACGUGCGAGAUCCUGUCCGCCUGCCGAGCUGUUGGAAUGUCGCCCACUUUGCUGCCCCUGCACUGCAGAUCCGCGCACUCUCCCCAGCAGUUGCGCUGAUGCUGGAGGGAAACACCUCCUGCGACGGAGUCUUCGAGCUCAUGGGCCUUUGGAACAGACGGCCAAGCUAUUUGGAAAGAGGCCUGCCGGCCUCCCGCGAACUGCGCGGCGGACCCGCGUCCUGCUGGCUCCGCUCGACCACCACGCGGUGGCACUUGGGAGCUGGAAAUACCGAGGUCGCGGACGAAGACCACGGAACAGGCAGCUUCUCACCCGAAGCUGGCUUCGCGGAGGCGAUGCGCUUGGAAGGAGGUUGGCGCUGGAGGUCCUUGCAAGCUGUGGCACCGUUGGAGCUGCGCCUGCGGCGCGUGCCGGUCGUAGGCGCCAAGCGGUUGCAGGUCCGAGGAGCGCAGGUGUUGGAAGGGACCUACCUCCGUGUUGAGGAUCAUGAUGGACGGGCAGCGUACGAACGCCUCUCCGGUGAAAAGGUCAGCUUGAGAUACAGCAAUUUGAACGGCGAUUGGCGCUUCAGCGCGGCAGCUCCAGGCGCCGCGCCGCGGUUGCUGGCCUUCAACGGCUCGGUGGAGGUCCCGGCGCCGGAGGCGCUGCGCACUUGGCGCAUCCCUUUGAGCAGCCUGCGCUUUGAAGAGGUGGAUUUGAUCAUCACCGCUUGGACGCCACGAUCGCAGCGAAUGAUUUGGCCCUUGCUGUUCCUGUUGUGCUGGCCUACUUGAGGGACACAUCCAUUGCAGAGAUGCCCAGGGCUGGCGGACGAGGUGUGUAGAAGGAUUCCUUCUACAGGCAAACUUGCCUGUCAUGAUGAGUUCUUUUCGCUGAAGAAGCAUAUCGCACCCAGGAGUGGACAUCGGCCGGAGGAGCCUCUCUCCUGCUGCUUCAGUGUCGCGAGGAGGGCCAUGCCGGCGCUCUGGCGAGGAGAUGGCGCACAUGGGACCUUGAGGAAGACUGGUGGCACACGCGCAGGCAAUGGACUCCUUGAGCAGCAGGCAGCGACCCCGCAUCCCAUGAGGAGCGAGACACCACCGAAACAAGAGAAUAUCAGUGGCUGCAGAGUAGAUGGUACAAUCCC